AUGAUAACGGUGGUACUACUCGUAUCGAUAGUAAAGUCUGACAUCUAUUAUGAUUUGAAUGACGAAGAUUAUAGUCAAGAAGGUUUGGGCCGAAACUUUACCGGCAAAGUAGUGUUGACAACUGGCUCCAGCUCUGGCAUCGGUGAAGGAAUUGUCAAACUGUUCUCUCGAUUGGGCGCCAAUGUUGUGGUCACCGGACGGAAGGCCAAUGAAGUGCAGCGCGUGGCUGAAGAGGCCCAGGAAUUGUCACCAUUGAAAUUAAAGCCGUUGGCUAUAGUGGCAGAUGUGACCAAAUCGGCUGAUCUAAACCGUUUGAUAAGCAAAACUAUUGAUACUUACGGCAAACUGGAUAUACUGGUGAACAACGCCGGCGCCGGCUUUUACGGGUCAUUUCGGGCGCCAGAUUUUAUGACCAAAUUUGAUCAGUCGGUGGCACUCAAUCUCAGGGCAUAUCUCGAGUUAACCCAUUUGGCGGUCCCUUAUUUGGACGAAACCAAUGGCACUAUCAUUAGUAUAUCCAGUACUUCAUCAACACUACCGACCCCGGGAGGUCUGGCGUACGAAGUGGCCAAAACAGGUGUCGAUAUGAUGACCAGAACACUGGCCCUGGAGUUGGGCCCCAGGAUUCGUGUCAACACUAUUAAUCCGGGAUUAAUAUUGACCAAUUUCAUCAACCACACUGACCCCGAUGUGAUUGACAAGGUAGACAGGGAGGUAAUCGCUCGGACACCGUUAAAAAGGCCGGGCGUACCCCUGGAUAUCGCCCGAGCGGUUGUUUUUCUGGCUUCAAAAGAGGCCAGUUUUAUAACUGCGGCUAAUCUGGUGGUCGACGGCGGCCUUGUUUAUAAUGCCGGCGGUCUUUCCAGUCCAUAA